UGUGUGUUUGUGUUUGUGUGUAGCUUGUCUGGCUGCCUGGUCACACAGGAAGGCUGUGCUUCUCUGGCCUCAGCUCUGAGCUCCAACCCCUCCCAUCUGAGAGAAAUGGACCUGAGCUACAAUCAUCCAGGAUACUCAGGAGCGGCGCUGCUCUCUGCUGGACUGGAGGAUCCAUGCUGGAGACUGGGCACUCUCAGUGUGGAGCACGGUGGAGUGGGGAGGCUGAAACCAGCUCUAACGAAGUAUGCCUGUGAACUCACACUGGACCCCAACACGGCCCACAGACGACUCUCUCUGUCUGAGGACAACAGGAAGGUGACGCGGGUUAGAGAGGACCAGUCGUAUCCGGAUCACCCAGAGAGAUUUGACUACUGGUACCAGGUGUUGGGUAGAGAGGCUCUGACUGACCGCUGUUACUGGGAGGUAGAGUGGAAAGGAUUUGUUGUUAUGGGAGUGACAUUCAGAGGAAUCACAAGGAGAGGAGGGGAUGUAGACAGCGAGCUUGGAAAGAACAACAAGUCCUGGCGUCUUCUUUGUUGUUUUGGUUGUUACAUUGCCGUGUACAACGGUAGAGGAACAGCCAUACGUCUCCCCCCCGCUGGCUCCACCAGAGUAGGAGUGUAUCUGGACCGGCCUGCUGGCACUCUGUCCUUCUACAGAGUGUCCUCAGACACACUGACACACCUCCACACCUUCCAGGCCUCCUUCACCCAGGAGGACCUCCUCCCUGGGUUUGGGUUAUGGGGGGAUGAGGGUGACUCAGCGUCUCAAGUUACACUGUGUAAGUUAUAGUCUCUCUCUCUCUCUCUCUCGCUCUCGCUCUCUCCGAGUCUGAGGACAUCUAUGAAUACACACAUGCAUAUAUUAACGCACACACACGCAUAUAUUAACACAAACACGUGUGCAUAUAUUACACACACAUGCAUAUAAAAACACAUACACAUAUGUACAGACACACACACAUAUUAAGACAC